AUGUCGGAUGAUCAUGUAUUACCAGUCCAGGAGACCACCUUGGUGGACACGCGCAACCCGAUCGGCAAUCAGAGUGAAAAUGUCGAAUCUAGUACAGAAGCUGCAACCGCUAUGAAUCAAGGAAAAUCGCGUCAUACAACUCCCAGUCAAUUGGCUUAUACAGACUUCGAGCGUUUGUUCAGGGCAGAGGAGGCGUACGAGCAGCCGACAACCUCUCGGAGGGAGCUCUGGUCCUACUACCUCUAUUACAACGGUGACAAUGGAGUUGGUCCGGGUUCCUACACACAGGCACUUUUCCAGUGGGCCUUGAACGGAGCAGGAUGGCAGCCCGGAACCAAUCCUCCCAAACCUUGCAGCGAUUCGUCUCCGUGCGUCGUCCCAUGGGCUGGAGGGACACGAUCGGUCUCUUCGGUUGUUCUUAUAGCUAAUGGUCUAUGUUUCGCUUUCAUGACGGUAAUUUUUGUCUGGCUCGGGAGUGCCGCAGACUAUGGCUCCUUCGGAAGCUGGCUACUCCUUGGCCUGACGGUGGUCUGCUGGUGUUUGCAGUACGGCAUGAUGGCCAUUAAACAUCCUAGUCAAUGGCCGGCUGCGAUGGGUAUGUAUAUAGUCGCAUAUGUGGCAUACGGUGCGACAUUGGUGUUUUAUGCGGCCGUUUUCCCCCGGCUGGCUCGCUACAUGCCGCAUGUCCGUAAGGCCCGCGAGGAGGAUCUGAGAGAGGGCAAAAUAAGCCAGGAAGAGUACGACGCCGUCGAGUCGUUGGAGAGAAACCACAUCAGCAACAUCUCCACCGCACAUAGUAACAUAGGCUACUUUCUAACGCUACUCAUUAACCUGAGUGUGUUGAUCCCACUCCAGAAUAAUAAUUACUCCAACAACCUCGCCCUUUGUUUGACGAACUCAUACUGGGUUGUCCUAGGAGUAUGGUGGUUCAUGUUCCAGCAGAAACGACCGGGGCCCAAGGUUCCCAAAGGGUCAAACUACGCUACAAUUGGACUCAAGCAACUCUGUCUCGCACUGAAAGAGGUCCGGUCUUUGCCACAAACCUUCUUAUACUUUGUUGCCUACUUCCUGCUAGCGGAUGGGCUGAACACUACAGGAACGCUGGUGUCUAUCAUUCAAAAUGACUACGUGUCAUUUUCCUUUUUACAAAUAACAUACUUGGGAAUCACACAGGCUGUGUGUUCAAUAACCUCAACCUUUGGGUUCUGGUAUAUCCAGAAUCACUUCAAAAUCCGCACCAAGCGAAUGUUCCUUGUCACCAAUUUCUUCAGUGUACUGAUCCCACUCUGGGGCAUGAUAGGUUUGUGGACCAACCGUAUUGGCUAUCACCAUCGGUGGGAGUUCUACUUCUAUAACGUCAUCUUUGGGCUGUUUCAAGCCCCUUAUUAUGCCUAUGCGCAAACCAUGAUUAGUGAGCUCAUGCCUCAAGGCUAUGAUAACAUGUUCUUCGCCCUUUUCGGAAUCACUAAUCGUGCUUCGUCUAUUAUUGGUCCCAACGUUAUCCAGGCAAUUAUCAAUAAUACACAGAACAACUGGAUGGGGUUUCCUUUCCUUUUUGCCAUCUGCGCUGCCGCCAUGAUAGCGAUUGGGUUUGUGGAUGUGGAAAAGGGCCGCGAGGACAGUCGAAAAUUCGUGCUAGCACGCACCAGCGCUCAGCCCGCGAACGAGCCUCGUGUAGACCUUGGUAAAGACAGCGUACGGACAACAGUCAGGGAAAGGAACCUGUCUGGCGUGGGUGGAGAAAGUAGUGGAAGAUCUCACUAG